AUGUCUAUGCGUGGGUGGCUCCGAGCGUCUACAUGCACCGCUGUUGUAAGCUCUACCAAGCGUGCAGCUAUCCCUAUAUCCUAUCGCUUCUUUUCGGAGGUAUCAAAAGAUGAUGAGAUCACUAAGGCUGCAGCCGCUGCUGCUGAGGAGACCCUUAUGACGAAGUUACGUGACCAGCAGAUCGCCAAAGCCGAGCGUACCAUUUUGCCAUUCCACGCAACGGAAGCAUGUUUUCCGAACAUUGAAAAGUCGCCGAUGCCAUAUCCGGAAGAGACCGCCAUCGUGUCAGGUACUAGCGAAUGGUCUGUGGGACGCAAGGCCAGGCUCUUUAAGCCAGCACGCAAUCAGAUGCAGAGCGGUAAUUACCAGACCAGACACUGGGAAAUUCGGUUCGAAUCUCCACGUACGUGGAAAAACCCUCUCAUGGGCUGGACAAGCACGGCUGAUCCAUACGUGGGCUUGGUGACCAAGUUUGACACCAAGGAAGAAGCUGAGCGCUUCGCCAAGAAGCAGGGAUGGGAGCUUGAAGUGUGCGAACCUGCCCCGGCUGGCGACUACAACGGCAAAAUUUCAUACUCGCACAAUUUUCUGCCGGAAAACAUUGAGACACUCAUUAAGCAUAAGGGCAAGAAGUCAGCAAUGCAAUUCAAGCACCCGACUGGCCGUCGUAGCAAUUGGGUGAAGACGCUUAAGUAUCACGGUGACGGCGCCGUGGCGCAGCAUGGCGGCGAGGCUAAGGAGUAA